UUAUUCAUGUUGGAGACAAGGCGAGUACGUUUGAUGUUUCUAUGGAUACAAGCUGCACAAGGCUGUACGAGGCGGGGUUUAUUUUCCCUAUCUCCUGUCCCUUCUCAACUGGUAAAUGAAGAUAAAGACUUUCACAAAUUUCAUUGUCACCAGCUCCUGACACGCUGUGACCUGACACCAGCGCAGACGUGCCGCUUUGAAACCAUGGCGGAAAAUGACAAAGUCCAAAACGAUGGUGUGUAUGUUGGCGAAAUUAAAGGAGGUCUGAAGCCCUCGAUGAGACUGAUAGUAAUGGGAAUUGUGAACCAGCAGCCGAAAAGUAUUGCCGUGGCUUUGGCCUGUCAUCCUCAGGACCCAGACACAGAUGUGGGGCUGCAAGUCACUGUCUGCUUCCAUGAUCGUGCCAUUCUACGGAAUGCUAAGGUCUCGGGAGAGUGGGGAGUUAUGGAGAAGAACAUCCCUUACUUCCCCUUUGCCGCAGGGGAAGCUUUCAAGAUGGAAAUUCUCUGUGAGCACCAGCGGUUCCGCAUCCUGGUGGAUGGCCAGCCCCUGUGUGGCUUCUCUUACCGUGUCCAGCCUCUGGCCUCCCUCACUGCCUUACAUGUCUCUGGAGAUAUGCAGCUCACAAAAGUAGCAUAGUGCCACCACUUGGCUGUACGCAACCACAAUGCAGCCCAACCAGCCAAGUAGCUUAAGUAACAGGGUCAUAUAGUUUAAGUACCUGAAAAGUAAAUAUUUUUAUUAUACUUAAUACCUUGAAUUUUAUAUGCCUUUUUAUAUUUUGUCACAAGGGACACCUUUAAGCUUUUAUUUAAAGUAAUACCUUUUUAAAAUUUUUUAUAAUGUUUUAAUGGGCAUUUGUAAUAUCAUUUCUAUUAUGACAUGCUGAAGCCAUGGACGCUUUUCCUGUAAGGUCAUACUUCCUGGAUCAGAUAUACUUAUUUAUCUGGUUGAUGCUUUUCUCCAAAUAAACUUGCAUUUGCAACCAUCUCAAUGGAGAUGUUUGGGUACGUUGCUGGAGAAUGGGUACAAUAGAGGUGUCUCAGAACCCUGAUCACUGCCUCACACGUCUGCCCUCUCAGGUAGGAGUGUGCAAGACUGAAAGACCACAAGGAAUGCCACAUGCAGAAGCCAGAGGUCUGAUGAAAGUUAAAAUUAUUCUUUAUCUUGAUGCAAAAAUAAAACGUCUUUUGGACUUUUA